GGUGGAGGGAGGAGGGGCUGGUAGAGGCAGCAGAAGCAGGAGCAGGAGCGCAGCAGAAGCGAUUGGAAGUGCAUUUAAUUCUGCAGGAGAUGUUUCCUGAGCGUGGGGAAGAGCUCCAGUUGGAUGGAGGAGACAUUUAACGGGAGAAUUUCUCUCUCAGCCUGGCUCACAGUCCGGAAAGAAGGAAGGCUGCGGGAGAGUUAGCGCUAACUUCAUCCGGAACAAAAUAAUAAUAAAGACCCCUAAACACACACACAUACACACACCGCGGACCUUUAAUCCGAAAUAAAUCACUUUAACCGGUUGGCCUGAGAUCUUAUCCAAGAUGGUGCAACAGUAUCAAUCCCCCGUUCGUGUCUAUAAGCACCCCUUCGAGCUGGUCAUGGCUGCGUAUGAGAGGAGGUUCCCUACGUGUCACCUCAUCCCCAUGUUUGUGGACAGCGAUGUCCUUGACGAGGAAACGAGUGAGGAUAACUCCACGCAUAAAAUCGAGAGGCGGUGCAAGCUGGACGUCGACGCCCCUCGACUCCUGAAAAGGAUCGCCGGCGUGGACUAUGUUUACUUCAUCCAGAAGAACACUCUGAACCGCCGAGAGAGGACGCUGCACAUCGAGUCCCACAACGAGACCUUCUCCAACCGGGUCAUCAUCCAUGAGCUCUGCUGCUACUCGGUUCACCCCGAGAACGAGGACUGGACGUGUUUCGAGCAGUCUGCCAGCUUGGACAUCAAAUCCUUCUUCGGUUUCGAGAGCACUGUGGAGAAAAUCGCCAUGAAGCAGUACGCUAACAGCAUCAAAAAGGGUAAAGAGAUUAUCGAGUACUACCUGCGAGAACUGGAGGAGGACGGCAUUACCCACGUACCCCGGUGGAGCCCCAGCACCUCCCCCGUUCAGCCCGUAGUCACAGUCAUGCCCCCGGCUCCUCCCACUACGGCCCCCAUCGCCAUCGCCACAAACGCAGAGAACGGCAAAGACGCUGCGGCGUGUAAAGAAAGCAGCAGCCCAGUAGGCAGCGCCAACGAGCCGCUCGCUGCCACGCCCGAUGAUAAACUGGAUGCUGACUACAUCAACCGUUACCUGGGUGACCUCACACCUCUGCAGGAAAGCUGCCUUAUACGCCUCCGCAGCUGGCUGCAGGAAACGCACAAGGGCAAGAUCCCGAAGGACCAGCACAUCCUGCGCUUCCUGCGAGCGCGAGACUUCAACAUGGACAAAGCGCGAGAGAUCCUGUGUCAGUCUCUCACCUGGAGGAAGCAGCACCAGGUGGAUUACCUGCUGGACACCUGGAGCUCGCCGCAGGUCCUCCACGACUACUACACCGGGGGCUGGCACCAUCACGACCGCGAUGGCCGUCCUCUCUAUAUCCUGCGUCUAGGACAGAUGGACACUAAAGGUCUGGUUCGAGCUCUGGGGGAGGAAUCACUGCUCAGACAUGUUUUGUCCAUAAAUGAGGAGGGAUUGAGGAGGUGUGAAGAGAACACCAAGGUGUUUGGACGCCCGAUCAGUUGUUGGACGUGUCUGGUGGAUCUGGAAGGUUUGAACAUGAGGCAUUUGUGGCGUCCGGGCGUUAAAGCUCUGCUGCGCAUCAUCGAGGUGGUGGAGGCGAAUUACCCAGAAACCCUCGGGCGUCUGCUCAUCCUGCGUGCUCCCCGGGUCUUCCCUGUGCUCUGGACUCUGGUGAGUCCGUUCAUCGACGAGAACACGCGGAAGAAGUUCCUGAUCUACGCCGGGAACGACUAUCAGGGUCCCGGUGGUCUAGUGGAUUACAUCGAUAAGGAAGUCAUCCCUGACUUCCUGGGUGGAGAGUGUCUGUGUGAGGUUCCCGAGGGCGGCCUGGUUCCCAAAUCCCUGUACAGAACCCCAGAGGAACUGGAGAACGACGACAUCAAACUGUGGACAGAAACCAUCUACCAGAGUGCCAGUGUCUUUAAAGGAGCUCCGCAUGAGCUGUUGAUCGAGAUCAUCGACGCCUCCUCCGUGAUCACCUGGGACUUCGACGUGUGUAAAGGAGAUGUGGUCUUUAACAUCUACCACUCCAAACGGGCUCCUCAGCCGCCCAGGAAGGAGGCGCUGGCGUCUCACGGCAUCACUUCGCCCGGGGGCAACAACGUGCAGCUCAUCGACAAGUCGUGGCAGCUGGGGCAGGACUACAGCAUGGUGGAGUCUCCGCUUACCUGUAAAGAGGGAGAGAGCGUGCAGGGUUCUCACGUGACACGCUGGCCCGGGUUCUACAUCCUCCAGUGGAGGUUCCACUCGAUGCCUGCGUGCGCCGCCACCAACCUGCCCCGUGUGGAUGACGUGUUAGCCACGCUGCAGGUCUCCUCUCACAAGUGCAAAGUCAUGUACUACACCGAGGUCCUGGGCUCAGAGGACUUCAGAACGGCUUGCUACGAUGUGCAGAGUUUGGGUUCGAUGACAAGUCUGGAGUCGAGUCACAGCGGCUUCUCUCAGCUCAGUGCCGCCACCACGUCCUCCAGCCAAUCACAGUCCAGCUCCAUGAUCUCCAGGUAGAGCCAGGAGACACAAGAUGGAGGACGGGGGAAGACAAAAUAGAGGACGUGGGGACUCAAAACGGAGGACAGAUGGGGGACUCAAAACGGAGGACAGAUGGGGGACUCAAAACGGAGGACAGAUGGGGGACUCAAAACGGAGGACAGAUGGGGGACUCAAAACGGAGGACAGAUGGGGGACUCAAAACGGAGGACAGAUGGGGGACUCAAAACGGAGGACAGUGGGGGGGACUCAAAGCGGAGGACAGUGGGGGGGACUCAAAACGGAGGACAGUGGGGGGACUCAAAACGGUCAGUGGGGGGACUCAAAACGGAGGACAGUGGGGACACAAACUAGAUGACGGGGAAACACAAAAAAAUAAUUAUUUGACCACAGCGCCGUGGUGUUAAAGGGCUUUGAUCUCCGUUGCCAUGGCGCUUGGCUGAGCUGCCGGUCAGUUCACUGGGCACUUCCUGUUUCCUCUCAUUCUUUUUCAACAUGUCUGACGAACCGAGCAUAAUGAGUACUGUCCAAUCUGGGGGGAAAAAACGGGACGAGCUGUUACACACACACACACACACACACACACACACACACACACACACACACACACACACAAAGUGCACAGGAAUACUGUAUACAUAGGUUUUUUGUUUUUUUGCAAUAUCGCUGAUGGUUUCAGCGUUUAUAGGUCAAAGGUCAGGUUUAUAAAUGUGGCGAAGCGUCCACAUAAAGCAAUAAACAUUUCUAUUCGUAUUUAUCACGAGCGUGCAACGUGUUUUGGCGGUGUAUUAGGGUGCUCUGUGCUCGAUUAGCUCUUAGCUUGCUUUAUUCUUUUUUUUUUUGGCAGAAUUAAUCCUAAAAAAUAAUUGCGAUGCCUUCAUCCAAUUUACGAACUUGUGAACCGAUCAGUUCCUAUGCAUUGAAAAGCCUGAUUGAUUAAAAAAAAAAAGCGAGGGCUACUUUUUAUGUUUUAUAAGUCAAAAAUGAAAUAAAUAAAGAGUUGGUGUGGGUUUGUACUGGGAUGCAUUUUAUCGGAAAUCAAGCCUAAUUGCAUGUUAGCAUUAGAAUUAGCAAGACUAAAGUAGAUCUUGUAUUUAAAAAAAUAAAAUAAAAUUGUAAAAAUAAAAUUUUCAAACACAAUUUCUUAGAUUUAUGGCAUGAAAAGUGUCGAGUACGACAGCCUGAGUAGUGCAAAAGAUUUCUAAAAAUGUACUGGAUGUCUAACAAGACCAUGAAUUAUUAUUAUUAUUAUUAUUAUUAUUAUUAUUAUUAUUAUUAUUAUUUACACGACAGAUGAAAGAACUUUCUAUCUCUUUCAAUCUCAAGCUAGCAAAGAACGAUGGAUGAAAGAGGCAGGAGUUUUGCAUAAUUUCCUGAUAACAGCUGCUAAUUUUUUGCUCCACUUGUGGAAUAAACAACCUCGUAACUAUGCUAGCUGGCUACCGUUCACUUUUGGUCAAAAGGAAUUUGGUCUUGCUUAUUUUUUUGCCCAGCUAUUUUUUUUUUAAUCCUGCUAGCUAGCAAACCGUAACACUCUCCAGCUAGCUGAUUAGCUUUACACGGGGCAUUCAAAAUAAUUCUAGUAUACGAUAAUACGUGGCCUGUCUGGACAUCCGUAGUUUGUUUUGUUUUUUUUAUUUACAAAUAGGUCAUGAUGUUACAAGCGACGGUUUUUCAGGUCAGUUUAUUUCUAUAUUUUGUUUCGAUUUUUUCAAAGCGUGCAUUUGAGAAAUAUCAAAAUUGUAAACGUUUUACUGCGUGUGAUCAGGCCGCGGUGUGUGGUGCAUUAGUGCAUAUUAUUAUUAUUAUUAUUAUUAUUAUUGUUAUUAUUAUUAUCAUUGUUAUUGAACUCCUCUCCAUUACAUGAACAAAGGCGUGUUGGUCAAUUAACGUUUACUUUACUCACCCACGAUACACCUGCACAGGGAGUGAUGAGGUCACGCGUUGAGCUGAAGCGAAAAUGACUUCUAGAAAGGUCUCGGCUGUGUUCCAAAUACAAAGUGAUGAAUGUUUUCCAGUAGUUAUGAUAUGAAGUGUUUAUUGUGGUGCUCGCUCGACCAUUUAGUGAGGACCGGCGUAGACACUUGGUAGGGAGACUAGUUUAUUAUAAAUGAAGCAGGCAGUAACACUCGACGUUUAGGCCGUGGCUUUGUGCGUGAGAACAUUUCAGGACGCCGUCCUUUAGCAACAUUAAGAAAAACAUAGUUCCGGCUCAAAUCAAAACUGGAAUACUGAGUAUUUCAAAACUUUUGUGUUUAUUUUAGAAGCUGAAGGCAAAUUCGUAUGUCCCGAGUGAUAAGUUUGCGAAAUGUCCAUGCCUUUGUUCCAGGUCCAAACUGGAAAAGAUCUGCGCUCAAGUGUUUUAACUGAGAGAGAGAGAGAAUUGAAUAUAAUGCUCGCUCGACCGUUUACCCGGAUACUUUCAUGCUAUGGUGCUUUUGAACAGAGUGAUAACAAUGAUGUUAGUGAUACACAGCCAGCAGUGUUCCAAAUCGGAGCUGGAACCCUCAUGUGCCAUGUGUUCAAGACUUGAAAGAGGAAAAAAUAUGAUGCUUGUUGUGGAUUUCGAGUUGCUGUUUAAAGCUUGUUUUAAGCUCCGGAUUUCAGGCUGCGUUCCAAGUCAAAAACUGGAAAUCUCGGGUCGAUUAAACACGCGCAUGUGAGUUCUAGUGUGUACUUGAUGAUGGUGAGGAUUGUAAAAGGUGUUUUUUUAAAAACGUUUCAGAUAGUGAUAUAUGUAUAUUUUCACAUUUUUACAAAGAACAGUCAGAGCACAGAUUCGGAGGAUUUGAGAAGACGAAGUCGUCACGUUUCAACCAUUUUGAGCGUGAUUAUUAAACUGUACUGCUCAUAUUGUUGUCUGCUGUUGUUGUUGUUGUUUUUUUUUUUUUUUAUAGUCAUUGGUGGAAAUCAGAUUGAGAUUCAGAAGGUUUACCGAGAACGUGACGCUCCAGCUUAGCGUAAAUGCAACGGACACUCCAUGUUUUCUACGUAUUUUAAAAGACGAGCGCUCUGAUCGUGUCACGUUUUAACUCCUGAAUCUUUUUUUUUUUUUUUUUUUUUGAGUAUGUUCUUCCCAGCUGUUACUCCCGAUGCAGCAUGCUAACGCUAAAUGCUAGCCACUCUUUGGAUGUUGGGAUACGCACAUGACGUCUGUUCUUUCCUCAGCGGUUUACAGCGAUGCAACAGACUGGACAAUAUCAUCUCAUUGCAUCGCAUCAGCGUCACGUGGGUUCACGUUUAUUCUCAUGUAAUUAGCAAAGCAAGGCUAACACGAGCGUAGAAACAGGACUACGCGUGCAUCAGAUUGCGGCGCCGCGCUUUAUAUUAUCGCUCUUGCAACCGAAAAGGCGGAUGUGUGCGGCGAUUGUUACAAUUUACAAAUGUUACAGAGUGCACGCUAGCUCAGAGGCACCAGCAUUGCUAAAGAACACAAUUUUAACACAAACCAUGUAGCGUAUUUCAAUUCCGUGCUAAAGGUUGGCCGGAAAUGUGCUUUUUACAGACGAUUGACUCCUCAGCCCCGCCCUCUUUUUAAAAAUAAAUAAAUAAAUAAAUAAAAAAGUCGGUUGACAAAAUUGAUUUCUGUGAAUUUGCAGAGCAAAGAAAAGCAUCUUUCACGUCUUGCAUCCUUUCAGAGAAUCUGCUUUUCCUUAGUGUUCAGCUGUCUCCAGAUUGAGAGUCAUAUUUGCUAAGGAUAAAUGGCGGAGCCUCUGCUAGCAAAGCAACUUGUCGCACUUGUGGGCGUGGCCUGCUAUUUAAGGUCAAAAUGGUGAUAGCCAGAACUUACUGCCUGCAUUUAUAUUUUAUAUUAAUUUAUAGCGUGAAAAUUGAGACGUUACACGCACUUUAUAGUUACACGUCGCUAGUGUGAACUUUACUGAUUAACAUUGGUCAGUUUCCCGCAGGUAGCACUGGAUUAUGAAACUGAACACGGUCACAUGGUGCAUUUUCAAAACAGCCAAUCAGAGCCUCCCAAUCCAGCUGGUUAUCGUGUAACACGAUUCAGAAUGUAAUCAGCGUUUUACAGAUUUUACUACCUGUUUACGGCUGCUUUCACACUCCGGCUCACGUGACGUGCUCUCUGUAACCAUGGCAACAUGCUUACUAGUCCUAGCUGUAGUAGCUAGUCCAGUAUUGGCUAACUAGCCUGGCUAGCUCCGUGGAAUAUGUUUAUUAUUUGUUAUAUUGGGAAUGUAGAUGAAGUAAAGGUUGGUGUUUUGUCUUAGGUGCAGCUUCAGAAAAUUCAAGCUGCUUUUUUGUGUUUUAUUUUACGUUAUAUUUACACCGCCUCUCAGCGAUGAGACUUUUUCUCCACCAGUGCUCCACGUCUGAGCCCGAAUCUGCGACCUGAUUGGUUAAGAGUGGAGGAGGAAACACUCCUCACGCCACUCGAAAAGAACGUGCUUCGAAACGUGUGUUUGCGGGUUGAAAGUGUGAAAGCAGCCUGCGGUGUGUGACGAACUACAACUAAAGCGAUUGUAAGAACUGAAAUAUCUCAAUAUUGCAUUAAAAAUAAAUAAUAACAGAAAUAAUGAAAUUAUACAACGUGAAGCUCGCUCGCGCUCAGCGUCGUGUGAGGACCUGUUUCUCCUGCACCAGGGCUAUGUGUAUAGUAUAUAAAUACAGAGCUAUAGAUAUGUAACUGUAUGUCUUUUAUGUUUGUUUUUUUUUCAUGAAUGUCCGUUUCUCAUCCGCACACGCCGAACUCCUCGCUCAUGAACACUGCAUAUCUUUCUCUGAUGAAAUGAUGACUGUCUGUGUAAAGAUUUAAAAAAUGUUUUUGAGAUUAAUAUACGAGAUAGCGCCUUUACAUUUGGUUUUUCUUUGGAAAUUAUUAAACUUGAAUUAAAAGUG